AUGAGCCGACAACUGUAUGUGGCAAACUCCAUCCGUGGAAGAAGAAAUUUCUCUUCUGCUUCAGAUAUAUGUGGUCUAUACAGAUGUAGACCACAGGCCUCUGCCAUAUCUCAGCUGGGUGGAAGAAGCAGACUUGGUGGCUAUAGCUCCAAAAGCCUCUUAAACAUGGGUGGAAACAGAAGAAUAUCCUGUAGUGGAGGUUACCAGAUUGGCGGUCAGCGCUAUGGCAACAUAUAUUAUGGCAGUCCCAGGAACUACAUUGAUCUCCAAAAGUAUCCUGGCAUCUAUCGAAAUGACCCCUUCCAUGGAGUCAACAUCAACGAACACCUCUUAAAGCCACUCUGUGUAGGAGUUGACCCCGAGAUCCAAAAAAUUCGAAUUCAGGAACGGGAACAAAUGAAAUCACUCAACACCCAGUUUGCCUGCUUCAUCGACAAGGUCAGAAGCCUGGAGCAGAAGAACAAAGUGCUGGUCACCAAAUGGAAUCUCCUGCAGGAGCAGAGGCCGCCAAUGAGGAGAGAUCUCCAACCGCUCUUUGAGAACUCCAUCAGUGGCCUACGUAAACACCUGGAUUUCUUGCGGAGCGAAAAGGCCCAGAGGGGCCCAGAGCUGCGGAAUGUUCAGCAGUGCGUGGAGGAGUUUAAAUGCAAGUAUGAGGAGGUAAUCAACCGGCGGACGGCAGCAGAGAACGACUUUGUUUUGCUUAAGAAGGAUGUAGACUGUUCUUUCAUGAAUAAGAGGGAGUUAGAGGCCAAGGUGGCCGCACUGAAAUUGGAGAUUGAAUUCCUGAGGUGCAUUUAUGAUGAGGAAUUCUCACUGCUGGAUCAGCAGAUGCAGUGUGAUACAUCAGUCGUCGUGGAGAUAAACAAUAGCCGAGACCUAGAUAUGAACUGCAUCCUCCAAAACAUCGAUUCCUGGUAUCAAAACAUUGUGCAGGGGAGCAAAGAAGAAGUGAAUGCUUUAUACCGAAGCAGAUUUCAGGAACUUCAGAACCAAAGACGCCAAAUUAAUGAUGAUCUGAAGAUGAACAAACGGCAGGUUGCAGAACUGAGCCGGAUAGCACAGCGACUGCUCUGUGAUUUGGAAAAAGCCAAGAAGCAGGUCACUUGUUUGCAGUCGGCCAUUUUUGAUACUGAGCACCAUGGCGAUUGCACUCUUAAAGAUGCCCAGGACAAGCUGGAUGAACUCCAUGGUGCCCUGCAUAAAUCCAAAGAUGAGCUGGCGUGCAUGCUGCAGAAUUAUCAGGACCUUCUCAAUGACAAGAUGGCCCUAGAUAUCGAAAUCGCUACGUACAAGUCAUUGCUGGAAGGAGAAGAAAACAGGUUAAUUUCAGGGAACCACGUGAGUAUAGGGUUUGCUGUGGCUGCAAACACAGAGAACUCUUUCUGUGUUGGGCCUAAUAAUGAAUAA